AGAGACCCGCCGCCGCCGCCGCCGCCGCCGACCCGUCUCACCGCUUGCCACCGACUGCCUACCGCCGCUGCAUCCUCCAUCUCUGUCGCCGCAUCGCCUCUCGCCGACCGCCGCCGCCUCUCUCACCGUUCGGAGCUUGGUCUCGCCGCCGACCGCCGCUGCAUCCUCCGCUCUCGCCGACGCCCGGCCUCUCUCGCCUCUCUUACUCUUAAGGUUGCUUAUUUGUUCUGAAAGCAUGGAGGAGUCGUCCAGAAAAGCUUCUCGCCCUCAACUGGUGACCUUGGAUAAGGCAUACAAACUGGCUGAGCAAUGGGUAAACAAUAUGACAAAAAUAACAGAAGAUGAAUCAGCUGAAGCACGGUUAGAGGAUCGGCCUUAUAGGCUAGGCAUAGGUGCAACCGUUCCACGGCAAUCCAAGGUUGGACCUUUAAGUGACCCUGUUGGAAGGAAAUUGCAUGCUAAACUAAGUGUCGCGAAAAGAAAUAUCGCUAGAAGUAACGAAGCAUGUAGUAGCCCUAAUGCGAGAGAUAGCGAAGGCGAUGAGGAUGAGGAGGAGAAUUUAGAUAGUAGAACUAGUGUGUUUUCCAAAAAGAGAGCGGUGCCCUUGAACCCAUACUUGCAACCAAAGAAAAAGAAGGGGAAGUAAGUUUGUUCCCAGCCAAAGUGAGAUCUUAAAGAGUUAGAAGUCUAGUUCUCUUAAUGUGCUUAUCAUUUAGCAAUUUUUGGUUUGAUUUGAGGAUUGAUUGCUAAUCCUCAACUAUGGUUUAUGGGGGAAGCACGUGUAAAGAAGUUAACUGUGUUUGAAAAUUGUACAUGGAUUGUGACAUGUUAUUAC